CUUUCAACGUUUUUACUAAUGGUUUCCGAAAUUCCGGACGCGAUAAGGUAUUAAAAUGUCCUACGGUAAGGCUGAAAACUAUCUAUUUACGCCUAUACAGUACUGUCAGGUUAUGCUACACAAGAUGGCGGCGUGUGCGCUGAAGCACUGCGCGGCGGCGACACCGCGCUGUGUGUGUUGUGUCCGGGUUGUGUGAGUUGGCUCACAUUUUUAAUAGCCUUUGAUGAGGCGGUCCGUGUUUUUAAAUAGCGGUACACUGACGUCUCAAACUAUAACCGUUAGAUUGACUUGAUGGGCUUUUUUAUUUGACAUUUUGAAUUCUUCAUUGUACAACAUCAGCGGCAUAAAUGUGAAUUGUAUUUGUAUUCCAUUGCUAAACUGUGAUUUGACCACGUGAUAUCAUGCAUCUGAUUUUUAAGGUCAUCCCAUAUUGUAUUGUAUUUUAUAACAGUUAUAAUUAAGUGUCAGUGGUCCUUCGGUAGUGUAUUGGGUUUAAAAGUGUAAGUUGGUUAACAAAACUAGGCUUUUAAGAUGUGUAGUGAAGCCUUCCCUCCGCCCCUUUUCUUUUAACAAGUGAGCAAACUGUUUGUUGCUCAUAAACAGAGUCUAGGGACACACAUUACUGUUAGAACAUCGUUUUAAAAGUCUAUUUAGCAUAUUAGAAAACCUCUGGUUCGUACCAUUAUUAUUUAGUUAUUUGCUAAUAUUGUGUUGACAUGCUUACAAAUACUAAAUCAGAAGUUUACCUGUCACUGGCGCGCCAAUCCGUUCUCUCACGACUUAAUCCUCCACUGCAGCUGAUGCAGGUUCUGCACUGAGCAUGCUCGCUGCAGAUGCCGCCUGUAAAUGGGCCAAGAGUGCUGAGGAGGAGGAGAAAGGGGAGGGGAGAGCGUUUGGUGGGAUGCUGUUGCAGCUCUUGAGAAAAGGAGCUGCAUGCAUAGGGAAGACGUGUCAUUGAGAACAUGGAUGGAGCCUGAAACGGGAAUACAAAUGCCUGGGACCGUGGAUUAUAAUACAUGCUAAGGAACUGUUGCACAGCGUGGACAUGUACGCCUUCUACUCCCUUUUAGUCUAUAUCUUCUACACUGUCUUCAAGAAGGAGGAAGAAGAGGAGGAGGAGGACGCCUUGGCGGCAUCAUGUGGAGCCUCUACAGACGAGCCGAGACCUGUUUCCAUGGAAACAGGGAGCAGAAAGAAAGAUGGCCACACCUCCACAAUGAGAAAGAAAGCCAGUGCUCGGCUAAGUGACUCUAGCAGUAGCAGUGACAGUGAUGAGUUGUCCCCAAGCGAUGAAGAUGAGGAUGCCACGGAUAUCCCAGCAUGCACUCCUCUGGCCGCGUUUCUGUCCUUCAAGCAGGAGUCUGACAAGCGGAGAGCCUCACAGAGCCAGCUGGAGUCAACAGGAAAGUUAGGAGAGUCCCCCUUGAUGGCCGUCAUGUCCCACUUGCUGAGCUUCCUGGAGCAGUACUCGCACUUCCAGCAGCUGCAGCAGCAAGCCGAGCAGUACCGUCUCCAGCUCAAGAGGCACCGCGUGCAGCACAGACGCCAGAUGAAGGCGCUCCGGGCCUCCUACCGCCAGCGCCUCAAGGACAAGAAAAGCAUCAUUUGUAACCUGGAGGAAGCCGUCGGCCAGCAGCUGAGCCCACACGACGACGGCGAGUGUGUCAACGUUGAAGGGGCUCAGGCAAGGGUUCACUGCCUGGUGGAGUCCCUGUACGGCCUGCAGGGUGAACGCAGCAAGCUGAGAGGAGAGCUGCAUCUCCUGCGCUCCCAGCUGGAGCAGAAGGACAAAGAUCGACAUUCACGUGUCCUGGCCUUUCAGCAGCAGAUCGAUGAGCUGAAGAGUGGAAUUGAAGAACGCGAGGAGGAGCUGUCGAGACUCCGAACAGCCACUGGGGCCACAGACUCAGAAAAACGUGUGCUGUGUCUUUCGGCGGAGAAUGAGAGUCUCAAGCAGAGCCUGUCUGUCACUCAAGGCCUCCUGCAGCAGCUGACCACCGUCCCCUCACAGUCCAGCACCAUGCUCAUCAAGGAAAACGAGAAUCUGAGAAGCAGGGUGCAGCAGCUGGAGGCCUCCCUGCAGCAACGCGCCGAGCGGCUGUCGCAGCUGGAGCAGCAGAGUGAGCGCAGCGAGUGGAGGAGGGGGGAGGAGCUGAGGAGACGAGAGGAUCGAGUGAGGGAGCUUCAGCUGGAGUUGGACAGAGAGCGAGGAAAGGAGCCAGUGGUGAAGUACGUCACCCAGACUGUCGAGGUGGAAUCGCCCGCCGCUGUCAAGCAGCUGACCAAAGCCAGACAGAGGAACGAGCUGCUGUCCGAGAAGCUGACCAAUCAGAACGAGCGGUGCAAACAGUUGGAGGAGCAAAUCAGGAAAUCAGAUGAAUACAGCUGCAAUCUGCAACACAAGAUUGCAGCUUAUGAGCGAGAGAUCGGCCAGCUGAGAGAGGAGUUGCUGAAGGAGAUCGGCCACUUGGAGGAAAGGAAGGAGGAGGCGGUGAAGGCGGCCGCAAACUGCUCGGCAGAACACUUUCAGGACCUGCAGCACCAAUUCUUUACUUUACAGAAGCGCCUGACUGCCCUCCCGCCGACUCUACGCUGCAUGAAAACAGACUACGCCAGUCUGAGGAGCCAAGUGAGGAACUUCUCUGAGUUUUACGGAGCAGCGAUAAAGGAGGCCAAGAAGCAGGUUUCAGCAGCAAUCUCUGAGAUGUCUGAGGCCAACAAAGACCUUCUGGAGAAGUACAGGAAGGAGGUCGCACUGCGCAGGAAGUUGCAUGAGCAGCUAGUGGAGCUAAAAGGCAACAUUCGUGUGCUGUGCCGCGUGAAGCCCGUGCUGAAGGAGGACCAACACGAGGAAGGCCAAUCGGUGGUGGUGACCACAGACCCAAAUAACGAGUCCUCGCUGAACGUGCUGAGCAAAGGGAAAGGUCGCGCCUUUGAGCUGGACAAGGUCUUCCACCCCCAGGCUACACAGGAAGAGGUCUUCCAGGAGAUUGAGCCUCUUGUGACGUCCUGCAUUGAUGGCUACCAUGUCUGCAUAUUUGCUUAUGGACAGACUGGCUCUGGGAAAACAUACACCAUGGAGGGUAGUGUUGAGAACCCCGGCAUCAACCAGAGGGCCCUCAAACAUCUCUUCAGUGAGAUGGAGGAGAGGAAGGACAUGUGGUCGUACACGGUCACCGUCAGCUCUGUGGAGAUCUACAACGAGGUGCUAAGGGAUCUUCUGAGUAAGGACGGCGAGAAACUGGACAUCAAAAUCAACCCCGACGGAACAGGACAGCUGCACGUGCCAGGCCUCAGGGUCACGGAGGUCAAGAGCUUCCAACAUAUCAAGAAGAUAUUAGCCACAGCCCGCAGGAACAGGAUAACAUUUGGCACUCAGAUGAACCAGCACAGCUCUCGCUCUCAUGCUCUGCUCUGCAUCACCGUUCAGGGCACGGACCUCGCCACCGGCUCCAAAACCACCGGCAAGUUGAACCUCGUUGACCUGGCGGGAUCGGAGAGGGUAUGGAAAUCCGGUGCGGAGGGCGAGAGGCUGAAGGAGGCCCAAAAUAUCAACCGCUCCCUGUUGGCGCUUGGGGAUGUCAUCCAAGCACUUAGAGCCCGACAGACUCACAUCCCGUUCAGGAACUCUCGCCUUACAUACUUGUUGCAGGACUCGCUGGGUAAAGGCAGCAAGACCGCCAUGGUGGUGCAGGUGUCUUCUCUGGAGAGUAACGUAGGGGAGACGUUGUGCUCGCUGAAGUUUGCCCAAAGGGUGUGCAAGGUGGAACUCGGCCCUGCAGCCAGGAAGAUAGAAUCCGGCGGCGGCGGGCAGUGCGACUAAACCAACGACUUGACAUCCAUCGUAACUUUACAGCUAUCCUGCUCAAGGGCUAAAACUCUCUGGGGGGGGGGCAACGUUAAUACUGUAAUAUGUAAUACAUAAUGACAUAAGACAUGUGAGUACCUUUUGCCAUGUUUGAAGGCAUGCAGGAAUAUUUCUACCUUCACUGCGAGCGCCAAAGCAACGAUUCUAUGUUUCCACGAGUCGUGUUUCCUUUCCGACAAUUCGCCCCUGAUGUUUGUUUUUAUUCCAUAUUCCUUGUAAUGUAUGUUUCUAAAAGGUACUGUACUUCCUGUGUAGCUUUUAAUGACACGCAGUUAACACGCAUUGAUGUAGUUCAUCUGAAGAUGUUUUGCUUUCGAGCCUUAUUACCGUAUUUUCUGGACUAUAAGUCGCACAAAGUCAAAAAUGCAUACUUAGGUAAAAAAAAACACAUACAUAAGUUGCAACUACUUGACCAAAACAGACAUUACGUCAUCUUGUAAGGCAAGUUUAACAUUAAUAAAAGAAUAAAGAACAGGCUGAAUAAUAAUAUGCUAACACAAUGGUUAUUCAGCUACACAAAAAGAUGUCCAGUUUUUUUAUUUAUAAGUCGCAAAAACAGCAAAAAAAGUGCGACUUAUAAUCCGGUAAAUACGGUAUUUGCCUUUUUAAGAAGGCCAAUGGCAGUCCCGUGAGUAGGUGGCCUUGUGUAGUAGUUAGGAAUAGUGCAAUAUGCUCCUGAUAGAGCAGGUUCAUGGGCCUAUGUGGACACAAGAUGCACUUUAUAGUCAAAUGAAUAGGAUGCAUUUAUGUCAGACCAAGAGCAUUGAUUUGCUUGCAAUAGAUAUCACUAGUGAACGUCAUACCAAAAAAAAAAAAUGUCUGUCACCAUUUGAAUCGAAAGUACUUUUGAUUCACUAAGUAGCGAGGCAUCAACGUAAACAUCCACUUUUCUCAGUAGUUAUGACGGAUUUAAAGUGUGGAAAUUACUAUUUUAUUUUAGUUGAAAACAUGUAAACAGAUUGUAUGCUUGGAUUUUUAUGAUACAAAAAUAAAAAGAC